AUGGAGGACUGUAAACAGUCGUUCAAAGACUUGCUUCACACAAUAGCCAAGGAACAGAAGUUUGUCGACUACAGUUUAGACAUCAAGGAAAUAUCAAGCGGAGGAGCAAACUAUACGUCCAAGUUGUUCUCGGUGACUGUCACUGAGGGUACCCACACUCUACGACUAUUCUGUAAAGUCGCAGCCAUCGGUGAUAAGAUGCGAUCUCAGCUGGACAAGAUAUACACAACAGAACACUUUUUCUACACAAAACUUGCAAAAAUGUAUCGAAAUAUUGAAGACCAGUGUGGAAUACCAGAUGAACUUAAACUGAAUCUCAGCAAGUACUACGGAAGUAUUAUUCAGCUCAAUGAAGAAGCAAUGGUGCUGGAGGACCUCGUAGCAGCCGGGUAUGAGACUUACGACCGGUUCAAGUCGAUAGACUGGCCGUACGCGCAGGCUGCGGUCCGGGAACUGGCCAAGUUACAUGCAUGCGCCUGGGCAUACGCUAAAAAGGAACCUGAAGAAUUUGAAGAAAUUUUGAAACAAUUGUCGUUUGAUAUCGGUUUCGAAGUACCUGAAAUGCAGGCUUAUACAACCAAGGUGAUAGAUAAAGCAGUUCAAACAGUCCGGGAAGAAAACAAAGAAAUGUUUCAGAAAUAUUUCGAAAGCUUCGACGCGGAGGCAUACGCAGCGACUCAGAAAAGAAGCCGGCGGUUGGUGCUGAACCAUGGAGACUUCAGACCGAGUAACUUAAUGCAUAAAAUGCUUGACGAUGGCUCCUAUGACAUCAAGAUCGUGGACCUUCAGACGAUGCAGGGCGGCAGUCCGGUCAGCGACUUGAUCUUCUUCAUCUUCUCUGGUUCCGAUGAGAAGUUCCGCUCGCAGUACUUCGACAAGCUGCUGGAUCACUACUACUCAGAGCUCAGUGCGGCCAUGAAGAGGCUGCAUCUCAACCCUGACGAGACCUUCUCCCGAGAAGACUUCAACUAUGAAAUUAACGAGAAGCUGCCAUUCGGUCUAUCUCUGGCCACGUUCCUCAUUCCGGUCGUGACAGUAGAUACAGAAAAGGCCCCCCAGGUGGACGAGUCCCUCGACAUCACCAGUUUCAACAUGGAGAAGACUAACGAUCUUUAUACAGAAAGGCUGAACGGAGUAGUCAACGACUAUGUCAAGUGGGGCAUUCUCAAAUAG